AAGGGAGGGGUGUACGUAUGUGCCUUGCGGGAUGCACACACACGACUGAACAGGUCGCCGAAAGUUCACUGUCUUGGGUCGGGGACCUCUUGAGUGGAGCAUAGACGACUGCGUCACUAUUAAAGACUGACUGUGAGCACAUUUUUCUCGUCUUUGUCUGCAGAAAAGCACAGGGACGGUGAAACGUAGCUAAAAGAAUGGCAAAAGCGCAGUUCGCUGAAAAGCCGCCAGAUGGGGGAUGCCGGGGAUGGAUGGUGGUGGUCGGCACUUUCUUCAUACAUGUUGUAGUGGUCGGUUCUGCCAAGUCUUUCGGAGUGUUCUACGCAGAGUUCAGGGAAGUUUUCCAGGAGAGCGCCGGGAUGACGUCCUUCAUCAGUUCUAUUCUCGGGGGUGUUCUGUUGAUGUGUUCUCCCUUUGCCGGUGCCCUGAGCAACCUGACCAGCUGCCGUACUGUGAUCAUCGCAGGGGGCGUCAUUUCUGCCGUGGGGCUUGUCGUCAGCUUCUUCGCACAGACGAUGACACACCUGUUCUUCAGUGUGGGGAUCCUCACAGGAUUGGGUCUAUGUCUGAUGUACUCACCAAGCCUGGCUAUGAUUGGACGCUACUUCGACAAGCGGCACGCCACAGCCAAUGGGAUCGCAGUUUGUGGCACUGGGGUUGGCAUCUUUGCUCUUCCUCCACUCUUCCAGUUUCUUAUUGAUGAGUUCGGGUGGAGAGGGGCCCUCUUGAUCGUCGGGGGUUUACUGUUCAAUGGCUGUGUUUGUGGUGCCCUGAUGAGGCCAAUACACUUGAAGGAAGAUCGUGGCAAAAAUCAAGACAACAUUGAAGCACAGAGUAGUGAAGAUAGGAAAAAGACAACUCUUGUUUCUUUUUGUCAGAAGAUACUGCAACCGUUUGACGUGACCUUACUAAAACACCGCUCUUUCGUCAUUUACAGUGUGUCCUCGUUCCUAACCUCGCUGGGCAACUCAAUAAUUUUUGUACACCUUGUAGCCCAUGCUCAAAAGGUUGGAGUAGAAAAGACACCAGCCGCUUUUCUCCUGUCAAUCAUGGGAAUUUCAGAGGCCGUCUCCAGACUGUUAAACGGUUGGCUGUCGGACAGAAGAAAGAUCAGUAAAGUUUACUAUUACAUGAUUGGAAUCACUGGACUAGCCAUAUCUAACAUCGCCAUACCGUUCGGGAGAACAUACACAGGCCUUGUGGUGUGCAUGGUGUUCUAUGGAUUUUUUUCGGGCAUUUUCUUCCCACUCAUUGCAGUUUUGGUACGAAAAUACAGCGGAGUGUCCCGCAUUUCCGGUGGGCUUGGGUGGGCCUUUGUCUUCCAGGACGCUGCCUGGCUGCUUGGACCUCCCGUUGCAGGUUGGCUGUAUGAUGCGACUGGAAACUACGACUGGUCUUUCUUCGCGGCUGCCAUCUUUAUUUUCGCGUCAGUGCUCGUGCUUCUCCUCAACCCGUGCUCAACAACCAGAAGGACACUUGGCCCCGGUACCGGUCAACUUCCAGACCAGUGCGACGGAGUAGUUGUUCUUAGCCACAUGCCGCGGGAUACCAGUAGUAAUGUCGGCCAAACGAACCCGACUUUUCGAGAAAUGUAGAUGACCUCCCCUGUAUGCCUGUGUAUGAGA